GUGCUAAACCUCAGUUAAGGAAGAACAUACGUCAUCCGCAUCAUCCACCGAUGAUCCAGCAUGGCGGCGGUCAAGAGACUGAAACGCGUGGCAGCGUCGCAGCCAGGAUUCAUAUCUUUUAAAUCGUCGGCCGACUCAGAUGACUUGAAUAGUGGCCGGAGAAAGCGUGUGAAUAAGAAUAAGAAAAAGAGUUGGAACAAACACAGUGAUAUUCAAGAUGUUGAAGAGUUUUUGGAUGACGUGAGACUUCAGGAAAGAGCUACAGGGUGAGCAGCAUGUGUUAGCCAAUACCUGCUUGCAUUAAAGCUAUCUACAGUAGUUAUCUAGCUAGGUGUAUUCCUUACUGUACUAAUAAGCGAUUAUUUAGCAGUUAUUGCGACAUUAUUAUUCUAGCUAGCUAGUUUUGCAUGUCAAUCAAUCCAAGUCCACAUGUAAACUUCGAAGAAAUGGCACUUUGCUAGCUCGCAAUGCUAAUGUACACGUUGGGUUGUUUGUUCUAGCUAGCUAUGUUUUUAUUUAUUGUUUUAAAUACAAUUUCCUAGCUAUAAUCACCCUCAUAAUUAUCCAAACAUGAGCAAUACACCUAAACUGAAUUGUUUCUUGACCGGUUUACUACUUUCUUAUGAUUUGGCUGCUUUUAUGUAACUCAGCCCCGUGUAGCUCAGUUUGUAGAGCAUGGCGCUUGCAACGCCAGGGUUGUGGGUUCGAUUCCGACGGGGGGCCAGUAUGGGGGAAAAAAUAAUAAAAAUGUAUACACUCACUAACUGUAAAGUCGCUCUGGAUAAGAGCGUCUGCUAAAUGACUUAAAUGUACUUAGCUAGCUACUUGGUUAACUAGCUAACGUUAAUGCUUUUAUUUACAGUUUAACACAUGCUGCAUGCCCUAAUUCUAUUUGCUUCAAAAUAUGUAGUUAUUUAGUUUACAUGUCUAAACCUUUUUUUAUUCGACAGAGGACUGAUAUCUGAGAAGCCAGAUGAUAGCCUGUUCUUUGUGGACAUCGGAGAGCAGAGAAAAUGUGUCCAGCCAGGUAAGCGAUACCACUGUUUACAUGAAAUACAUUUUCUGCUUUGUUAAUGUUUGGAGUGUCAAAUCACUGAUGUUUUCUGUGUCUGAUGCCAGAAGUCCAAGAGGGAAAGAAGGGGAAGAAGUCAAGGUCACGGCCCCUGAGGAUAGACCUGAUCCUGCAGCAUGACUCCCUCAUCCCUCCGCCUAAAGAGUGAGUUUGUCUGAUGUACUCUGACCUUUGCACUCUCACCCUCGUCAUCCUGGCCCUUAGCUGAAGAUGGUUCAGUCAGGUUGCGCAUGGCACAAUGUCCAGUGAUGAACCCAUCCUUGCGCUCACAGUAUUUCCUCGGGAAUGUGAAGACAAUCAUGGAACUCAGGGCACUGUUGUGUGAACAGUCUUCUGGGAACUGAGGGCAAUAUGCUGUGCCGCUUCCCCUCUCCAGGGUUGUAUGUACUAGUAAUGCAACUGGAACAAACAGGGAGGGACUACCUGAACUUAUUUAUUUUUUUCUGUUGCGAAAGGUUUUGCUACUGUGUGCACUAACUAAUACGACCCAGAUGUGCCCCCACUUUGUAAACUGAAGCCAUGCAGCAAGGCUAUAUUUUGAUAAGUACACAAGUGUACUUUGGUUAGCUUAUUCCUCAUAAUAAGCAGUGAUUGUACACACCGUUGAAGUCUUCCGUUUCUUUAGGACACUACUUAAAAUUAAGUUCCCUCCUCUCUCCCCCAGUGUUUUGGCCCACCAGCAACCAAACGCAAAGAAACUCCGCCGCAUUGCAGAGAAUGCCGAGAAAUUGGCGGCCAUGGGUGUGUUACCACGGAGACAGAAGCGCCUUUUGAACAGCAGACCGGCAACUACAAUGUCAAAAGCAAAGACGGCGGCCAACAACUUCCCAGACAGACCCUAUUAUGACCUGUGGGGAGGAGAGGGUAAGUUUGACUAUUCAAAAUGAUAAACUAAUUCAAAAAAUGUUCGAGUUCUUUUCAGUCAGUGUUUGUGAUCAUCUUUUCUUCAUAUUGCAGCCAAAGAGACAGCAGAUCCUUACUACCUUGAGCAAACAGGGAAAAAGCGUGUGAGGGUGAGAAGAAUGCUGCAUUGUCACUACCUUAAAGUUGAUCAUUUCUCAGUAUUAUAUGUGCUGUAUAGUAAAGAGUGUUUGUAUAUUUACUCUGUUUGACCAUGAGGUUUUAAACACUGUCUUGUUCACUCAUAGCGACCAGAGAAGCUCAACUCAAAGCCCUCUAUUCUCCCGGCAGUGGAGGUCAUAGCCCCCGGAGGCUCCUACAACCCAGACUUCUUCUCCCAUCAGGUAACUUACUACACUUAACAAUGAUUAAAACCCAAACCUUCAAUCCUGGUUCAUUCAUCAAUGUUUCUGCUCCCAUGAUGUGUGUGUUGUGUUCUGUCUUUUCAUGUUGAGUAAUGCUGUGGUUGAUGUGCUGACCUUUUUUUCUCUCAGGCCUUGUUACUGGAGGCCCAUGAGGUGGAGGUGAAGCGGGAGAAAGCGGAGCUGAGAAUAGAGAGACAGCUGGCUGUCAACCGAGAGGAUACUGCCACUGAGGUACGACAACAGCCACCCCCACCCCCAACUGUUCAACAUUUCACGUCCGGCUCCAUUUUGCCUGAUCUUCCUCGCUGUUGUUUCUCUGCAGGAGACAGUCUUCCAGGAACAAGUGGAAGGGCUAGUGGAAGAGGAGGAAGACGAAGAAGAAGAUGAUGAGGAAGAUGUUUCUAUUCGUGGUGGCUUGCAGCAGGAGAAGAAGACGGAGAAAGAAAGGAAGAGGGAGCGAGCCGACAAGAUAAAGGUACGCAGGACUACAAAGCCUUUCGCCCUAAUGUGCCCAAGCCUUCCCCUCCAUGUGCUAGCUUAGGAACUGACCGGCAGUGUCUCUCUCGCUGUGCAGUUGCAACAGAAGCAGGCGGCGAGGGCGUUCACUGACAAGAAGCAGCAGCUCUUCCAGCUGCGUUCCAUCCAGGCGACCCUGAAGAGGCGGGAGCAGCGGACCAGAGAGAGGGUGGCCCAGCGCAAGGCCAACCAGGAGGCAGAGAAGUCCAUGCCCCGACGCCUCGGCAGACUCAAGUCAGUAUGCAAAAGUUCCCCCAUUUUGAAAAGCAGAUGAAGUUAAAUGCAUCCUAGUAUGAACUGGAAGUAGCCCUAUACAUUUCUGUAACAAUGGGCUCCAAAAUAACCUAUACCCCACCCAAACCAAAUAAUUUAUCCUGAUUUCUAUAAUGCUGCUUUCCCCUUAGUGUGAGUUGCGUCUGUGCCGUUGUCCUGUCUGUGAUCUCCAUACUCUAUCUGAACUUGUCCCCCACAUAUCUCCACAGGUUCCAGGCUCAGGAUCUAGAGGUCCAGCUAAGUGAUGAGAUUCCUGGAUCCCUGCGGACACUCAAGGUUUGUGAUUGACUGUAUCCCUCUCACAUUCUACAAUGCAUUCAUACUGGGCUGACCUUUGAACCCAUGUACAUAUAUGUGGAACUGAAAUGCUGAAAACAGUUUCAGGAUAGCAACUUAAUUCCCUUCAAUAAUGUCUCAUGCUGACCCGUUUCGGAGCCAGGUCCUUCAUCAGAGCUCUCUUUAUUUAUGUGGGUUUACUGACAUGUACUAACAUGUUUCCCUUCACAUGUAAUUAUGUGUUCUGCAGCCAGAGGGCAGUGUCCUCAAGGACCGCUUCAAGAGUAUGCAGAAGAGGAACAUGAUUGAGCCCAGAGAACGAGCCAAGUAAGUUUUUCUCCCUUUCUUUUAAACAAACAACAUGUCAGAAAUAUAUUUGCCUAUAAUGGAUAUUGGACAGUGAUGUCGUAUAUAUAUAGUGGUGUGUGUAUGUCCAUAACCCAUAACUUUCAUAGUAGAACGUUCUAGAUUUGUUUGUAUUGUUGGCUAUUUCCAGAGAGGGAUACUACAAAGCAGGAUCAAUGCGUUAGCCAAUUAACUUGCCUAAAUAUUGUGAAAUUACUUUUUCGAAAAAUGAGCUUGAAAUGGGAAUGGUCUGAUUGCCAAAUAUGGUGUUUGUCAUUCUUAAUGAACCAGAAAAUCAAUAGUUAUUUUUGGUUGUUAAAGUUAGCUGGCUAUCUCAUUGAUCCUGCGUUGUAGUAUACCCCUAAGUUGGUUCAGUCAGCUUGAGCAUGACUGUGUCCAGUGAUGAUCCCAUCCUUGCGCUCACAGUAUUUCCUCUGAAAUGUGAAGACAAUCAUGGAACUCAGGGUGCUGUUGUGUAAACAGCGUCCUGGAACUGAGGGCAACAUGCUGUGCUGAUUCCCCUCCACAUAUCCUAUUUCCGUUUGUUUUUCUUAUACAAGAGAAUAUAGUCUUGAUUUGAUAAGCCAUUGAAGUGCUUUACAUGGAUAGUGUUUGAUUGUGUGUUCUGCCUCCUCCCGCAGGUUCAAGAGGAGACACAAGUUGAAGUAUGUUGAGAAGAGGGCCUUCAAGGAGAUCACCUAGAGACCAAACUAUAGAACUGUUCAGGACUGUGAUGUCACUCACAACACCAUAGCGGCACCCACCACCACUGAGUGACAGCCAGCCAGAGAGCUACUGUUUGCCCCAUCAAAUGUCAUCAAUCAACUCAGCCCAUUUAAGUCAUUGAUGGAUUUGCCACCCUUUUAAACCUGUGUUGGAAAAUAUUGAAGAUCCAAGUCCCCAUGAUUUGUAACAUUAUUGGCCGUGCCUUGAUAUUUUCACGCACCUAUAUAUACACAACACGAACCAGCCCAACCCAGAAAGUGUCAUACAGAUUCAGGGUCAGUUCUAAUGCAUUAUAAGGUCAAAUGAGUUCAUUGGCAGGAUAUUUAAAUCUACAGAUUCUGAGUCUGUCAACAUCAGUUGGGAACGUUAAAGGCUUCAGAAGGGUGCUGUCUCCUGUCCCUCUCUCCCUCCCAGUUGGUAAUCUUGUCUUUCGAUCUUGCCAAACCAUCAAGAUUAAUGACCUCAUUAGAGGGGUGGAUGCCUGAGUGAAUACGCAAAGUAAUUAAUGACAGACUGUUUGAAACCGCGUGUCGAGUUGGACUUGUGUGCAUUCUGUCAGUUACAUCUGUUAUUGUGUACCAAAUCACUUUAUUUGCUGUAAUCUGACUUGAUUUCAUUAAAACAAGUUAAUUAUUGAAAUUGUUUUUAUUUUUACUCCGACUAUGCUAUAUUUAAAUUCGUCAUUGCAUUUGUGGUAACAAUAAACAUAAUUUUUUGCCUAUUUAAUACCAUCAGUCACAAUAGUGGGAAGAAAAUUUGUACUUUACAGGCUCUAGAGAUGUUAGCUGUACUAAUCAACAAGUAAGUAAUGCAUUAUUAAGGUGUCUAGUAUGGUUUCAUAUGAUUCCUCAAAAUGGUCUCAAGACCACAAGCAUAAAUCUCCAAGGUGUAAUUUUACAGAUGAAUUUGCCACCAGAAGUCUAUUCAACUUCUUAAAAAAACAAUACUUUGUUUAAGUAGUGAAAUAUUUUUGUCAACAAUGUUUAAAGGGUCUAGAUUACAUGUCUUAAUUUUCCAUACAUUGUAUCCAUGAUGCUCAUGGUAUAUGAAAAUAUCUUAGCGGUCACCUUUGGGGAAACUAGUGGGUCAAACGUAUUAUAUAGAAAGUAGACCGCCCCUGGAUUUUUUUUUUGCAUUUUAUUGUGUUACAUAGUGAGAUGAAAAUUGAUUUUAUUGUACAUUUCUGUCAACGUUACACAAUUCGCUCAAAGUGGA